AUGCGAUGCGCGAACAAGGCCGCCGAGAGCGCGUCUGCACGUCUCUGUGCGGACGCCGAAGCAGAAACAACAGCAACUGAUGCCCCAUCGGUUGCUGAAGCGACCCAGCCUGUGUCACUUGGUGAUGCAGGCGCUGGUCAUGAAGACACUCGUGUCUUCACAGAGUACGAGCUCGGUGUCUCAUACUCUCCUGAUACGGAUGACGGAUCCGUAUCGACGGCGAUCUAA